AUGUCUGUGGCGAAUAGCGCAGAAGCCAAGUGUGAAGAAUACAAACACAGGGUGAAGAAGAGGGCUUCCAUUAUUACUUACGUGUUUGGUGGUAUUGCGUCACUUGGGAAAGAAUUUCCACACAUGGCAAUUCUUGGCUGUGGAACACCCGAAAAGAUCGAGUGGUUAUGUGGUGGUAGUUUAAUUAGCGACCAGUUUGUCUUAACAGCAGCUCACUGUCUAGUAACCUCGAACUUAGGUGAUCUAAUUCGGGUACGCUUAGGUGAAUUAGACCUGCAAAGUGUGUCUGAUGAUGGUAACCCUCAAGACUUUGGCAUAUCCGGGAAGUACAUGCACCCGAAUUACCACCCGCCAUCUCAGUACAACGACAUAGCACUUUUGAAAUUGGAUCGACAGGUGCAAUUUAGCGAUUAUAUUGCCCCGAUUUGUUUCCAAGUGAACAGGAAUUUGCCUAAUGCCAAUUUCAUUGCUACUGGGUGGGGCAGGACGGAACUCGGAGGUUCCCAAAGCGAUAUUUUAAUUAAAGUAGACUUGGAGUACUUUCCUAAUGAGGUGUGUCAAAGGAACUACGACGACGUCGCUUUGGAGAGUCUCUCCAGAGGGAUCGUCGACGAUACGCAAAUUUGCGCCGGGAGUCGCCAGGAAGAAAAGGACACUUGUCAGGGUGAUUCCGGCGGGCCUCUCCAAAUCCGGGAUGACGCUUUGUACUUGGUAGGGAUCACAUCCUUCGGGAAGGCUUGCGGUGUCGUCAACAGCCCCGCAGUAUACACCAGAGUGUCCUACUACGUCUCAUGGGUCGAGGGAAUAGUUUGGUCUUAA